AUGGCGAUCACUGUGUACAGAAUGGAGGAUGGAGGAGGUGCUGAUGCUCGCGGUGCUCUGCUUUGCUUGACUGGGCACAUGCGAGCCCGGAGGUUGCCGACCCCAGGGACACCCCUCUCCGCCUCUUUCCCUGCCGUGGCUGCAACCAUGGUGGGCUUACGGCGAGGGCCGCGCGGGCCCGGAGACGCGGGGUCAGCGCUCGGAGGCGGCCGGAGGUGCGGAGGUCGCCGCGGCUGGCGACGUGAGAUGCAGGGCGCGUAUGACGGCACCGGGCGGGUGCGCAGCUCCGGUGGCCUCGCCCUCGGGCCCCGACUGCAUCCUCUCCGACCACGACAAGGUGUGCUGCCGCCAGGCCCUCCUCGACGAGAAUGA